ACAAGGUCAAGGAAACAAUACACAAUGCCUUUUGGGACCAUCUUAAGGAGCAACUAUCAGCUACUCUCCUGGACUUCAGUUGUGCUCUUGAACUUCUGAAAGAAAUUAAAGAGAUCUUGCUAUCACUGCUAUUACUUCGUCAGAACUGCCUAAGAAAUGAGAUCGAAGAAGCUCUGGACAUGGACCUUCUCAAGCAAAAAGCAGAACAGAGGACCCUGAAUGUCCUUCAGCUCUCUCAGUACAUUCUCAGCAUGAUGACUUUACUGUGUGCACCAGUUCGAGAUGAAGCAGUGCAGAAACUAGAGAACGUUACAGUCCCUGUUCAGUUACUGAGUGGGAUCUUCCAAGUUCUAGGCCUGAUGAAAAUGGACAUGGUGAACUACACUAUCCAGAGCCUUCAACCCCAUCUGCAGGAACAUUCUAUUCAGCAUGAACGGGCUAAAUUCCAAGAACCCCUCAACAAGCAGCCUAGCCUCCUUGAUCACACCACCAAAUGGCUGACGCAGGUGGUGGCAGAGCUCUCCACACCACCUCUGACUUCCCCUGACACUCCUGACUCCUCUCCAAAUGAGACAGCCAGCAGCCCAGAGCCCCUCAGCCCCACAGCGGUGCUGUCCCAGGGCUACCUGAAUCUUAUUCUCUGGGACCCUGAAAAUGAAGAGUUCCCUGAGACUCUGCUGACAGACAGAACCCGGCUGCAGGAACUGCAGUCCCAGUUGCACCAGUUAACCAUUCUGGCCUCGAUCCUGCUAGUGGGCAGUAGUUUCUCUGGGAGUGUUCUGUUUGGCUUGCCUCAGUUUGUGGAUAAGCUGAAACGUAUAACCAAAGCCCUGAUGGAGGAGUUUAACUCUAGGCCUGAGGAGGCUGUGCUGCCUGUGAGCAAGCAGGUGAAUCAGGAAAUCCAUCGAAGCCUCAAGAACAAUGGCCUUACUGCUCUGAGCAGUGACAACACAGCAUCUCUGAUGGGACAACUUCAGAACAUUGCCAAGAAGGAGGACUGUGUCUGCAGUGUCAUUGUUGUUUGCCCUUUCCCAACUCACAGAUCAGCGGAUCCAUUUGUUUCUCAAAUGCUGUUUGGUUCUUGGUGUGCAGUGGUCUCUGUUAGACCUUCCUGGAGGCCUUUGUCUCAGUGAGGCAGAACUAGCAAAACUGGGCCAAAAGUCUGUCAAUUUGACACAUCACAAUUGGCAGGUGUUUGGCCCUUACUACGUGGAGAUCCUAAAACCCUCAUCACCCCAGCCCAGGCACUAGAAACUGAAGUGGAGUCUCUUUGUUAGCACCAGCUCCAAGCCCUGGCACUAUGGACCCAGGAAAGAAGCCCAUCAUUUUCCUGGGGUGACACACCAGUGACCACCAGAGCAGCAAGCCCUUCUUCCCUCCUGCAGCGAGUACACCAGCACCGUAGUGAUGAAGCAUGUAAACACCAACUGGCCCAAACUCAUUCACUAAUAAACUCCUGAACUGCAAGCAAACCUCCACUCUUCCUGUACUGCAGCUGUGGCCAGGUUCCCAACUAGCAGAGAAGCCAGCAGGCCCCCAGUUUUUCCUCUACUGGUUAGGUGCUCUCUUUAGCAUACAGAGCUGAGAAGCCAAGAUGCCCAGGUGCUAGCAUUACUUUCUGUAAGGGUAAAGCAUUUCUCUGAGGGCUCUGAGAACUCUCAGGAAUUAUCCAAAAUGUGAGUAUAAGGGCAUCUCUGGAAGUCAGAAACUUGUUUUGUUCAGUUCACUUCAGGAUUGGGCAUGGUUGAGAGAAGUUACUAGAAACCUCAUUUCCAGGAUGAGGUUCUUCUGAAGGUUUUAAAUGAUGCAACAAGAAGUCAAGAAAUAGUAAGACCCUCCAUCUUCCUUUUCUGUUACAAGGUCUGAAGCGGUGUGCAAACUGGGGCUGGAUGAAAUGGGUGUUGGCUGCUAGCAAGUGUUCUGUUGAGGACGGGGUUCACAGAGCUCGUGGGGUUCCUCUCAAGUGUCCAGAGUUCAGGCUUGGACAGGUAGGUCUGAGCUGACUGACUUGGAUCAAGUUUAUCCUUGGCCUUGUUGACUAGCUGAGGAAGCUCCUUGUUCGCUCAUCUCGAAGCUUAGAACACCCUGUUCCUCCUGACAGGUGGGGCAGCUUCAGCUUCCACCCUUCUCGCGACUUCCGCUCUGGGACUCUAAUUGGCAGUUGUAGCUGUGAGCUCCUGGGCAUCACAGAUGAGGGAGAUUCUAGGAAUCUACUUUUUAUUCCUAAUAUUGUUUGUGUGUUUUUACAUUUUUCUCAUUAUUACACUGUUUUAUUAUUUGUGUUCUUUUAUCUUAGUACAUGUCUUACCUGUUCUAGAUUGUAUUACUAAUGUGAUACUUUAUUAUUAUAUAUUAACUGCAUCAAUCAUGUAUGUUUUUUUUUAAACUCCAAAAUCUGACAUCUAGAACAUAGUCAGACAUCUUUUACUCUAAUAUGAGAUUUCCUUUCUUUACUCUUCAAUCAAAUACAGUGCACAUCUUGGAUACAGAGCAUUUUCAUUAUUUUCUGUUGAAAAGUUCUAAUUAUUCAUUAGAAAUA